ACUCUCGAGAACUGCGCGUGCGCACGGGCUGCUCAAUCAAGCGAGCAGCGCCCGAAGCUCAAACGAGCCUCGUUUAGUGUAGCGCUAUCACCUCAGUUCAGCCCAAGACUCCCACAGACGCGCGUCUCUCCACGGACUCUCCGCGUCGCCCAUCUGAACCGUGAUACACUGCAUGAGGAUUUACAGAGCGCAUUUCUCAACAGGAUUAUAAACUCAGUCAUUUACAACCUGUCAGGCGGACUUGAGGUGCGUUUUCUUCGAAAGGAAUACACUGGUUCUUUCCAACUUGAGGAAUGGGAUUAACUAGAUCGAAGAAAAGUUGGGAUUUGUAGGUCUGGUAAAAUGGAAAGAUAAAAGCUCGCCUACACAGCUCAGCAAGGUGGAAGCAGCGGUAUUCCCAACGAGAGGAAAUGCACAGAGCCUGGGUUCUCCUCAUUGUAAUAGAAGAGGGAUUUGCCCUGGCACAGAAAAUUAAAGAGACGCAGAAUGCGGGUGAAUCUCUGUUUAACGCUGAGCAGUGCGGCCAGUGGACCCGAAAUAUCAAUGGAGGCCUGUUUACAUCUCCAAACUAUCCUAACUCCUAUCCACCCAACAAGGAGUGUGUGUACAUCCUAGAAGCUCUCCCUCGGCAGAGAAUUCAGCUGGCCUUUGACAAAAUGUACUAUAUCGAACCUUCCUUCGAGUGCCGCUUUGACCAUAUUGAGAUAAGGGAUGGUCCCUUUGGUUUCUCCCCUCUUAUCGAUCGCUUCUGUGGGCCAAAGAGUCCAGGCGUGGUCACCUCCACGGGCCGCUUCAUGUGGAUCAAAUUCACUACUGACGAGGAGCUUGAAGGCUUAGGUUUCCGCGUCAAAUACACUUUUAUAGCAGACCCAGAUUUUCAUUUGCACGUCGGUGGAUUGCUAAAUCCAAUUCCAGAUUGCCAGUUUGAGAUCAGUGGUACAGACGGAGUCAUCCGCUCCAGUCAGGUGGAAGAAGAGGACAAAAUAAAAAAUGGAGACGCAUUGGACUGCAUCUGGACCAUCCGUGCCCCUCCACAGUCCAAGAUAUACCUUCGCUUCCUCGAGUACCAGAUGGAGCACUCAAAUGAGUGCAAGAAGAACUUUGUUGCCGUGUAUGAUGGCAGCAGCGCCAUUGAGAACCUGAAAGCGAAGUUCUGCAGCACAGUGGCCAAUGACGUGAUGCUGGAUACUGGUGUUGGCGUCGUGCGCAUGUGGGCCGAUGAGGGCAGCAGACUCAGCCGUUUCCGCAUGCUUUUUACCUCAUUUGUGGAUCCUCCAUGCUCCAGCAGCACCUUUUUCUGUCACAGCAACAUGUGCAUCAACAACUCACUGGUGUGCAACGGCAUUCAGAACUGCGUUUACCCCUGGGAUGAGAACCACUGCAAGGAGAGAAAGUCCAAGGGGAUCUUUCACCAAAUCACAAAAACACACGGCACAGUAAUCGGCAUCUCUGCCGGUGUGGUUCUGGUCUUGCUCAUCAUCUCCAUCCUGGUGCAAAUAAAGCAACCCCGUAAGAAGGUAGUGGCCCGUCGGCCGGCGGUCUUCAACAAAGGCGGCUUCCAAGAGGUCUUCGAUCCCCCCAACUACGAGUUGUUUUCCCUCCGUGACAAGGAGCUGUCGUCGGACCUGGCCGAGCUGUCGGAUGAGCUGGACGGCUACCAUAAGCUGCGGCGCUCCUCCACCAUGUCCCGGUGCAUCCACGAGCACCACUGCGGCACCCAGGCCUCCUCGGGCGGCAGCAUGAAGCAGAGCCGCACCACGCUCAGCUCGAUGGAGCUCUCUUACCACAACGAUUUCUCCAAGCCGCCUCCCAUGAAGACCUUUAACAGCAGCAACACUGGCACCUUCAAGAAGAGCUGUUACGGCUACAAACAGACUCAGGACUGCGCCGAGCAGGUGAUCGAGGACCGGGUGAUGGAGGAGAUCCCCUGUGAAAUCUACGUGAGGGGUGGGAGCGUAGGAGGGGCCGCGGGCAGCAUCGGAAGCGGCUGCGGGAGCAUUACCAUCCGAAACCAUGGCAGUGCUCGCAGCAGCAACAACACCACCGUGGUGGACCCGGGACAACACUCCAUAUCCAUGGACUUCUGAGAUGGCAGCGAAGGACGAGGGGAACGAGAGCGCAGAACACAGCUGACUUUGUCCUGCAUUGCUGUUUUUAAUGCAUGGACUCCUAUGUCAUGUAGACAAGAGUGAACGGACCGUGCACAGACAGGCAGAGAAGAUGACGUGUGGCUGGAUAUUUUCAUCUAUGUACAUUUGAAAGGAAAGAUUGUAUGUAGUUUUUUGUUGUUGCUUGGCAUUAACUCAUAUUUUGCAUAAUUUGGCACUGUGGAUAACUCAAACUUUGCUCAAAUAAAGGUGACACAUUAUGAACUGAAGUCAAAACCAUCCCCUGCUAUAUCCUUCAAAGCUGUUCACACCAAGGAUGAUAACUAUAAAGUGUUAAUAAUAGAUCUUAUUCUAUGAGAAUUAUAGUGAAGUCCACACCAGAACGAAAUAUUAUGGAAAUGUCUUCGUUCGCAAAUUGCUAGUAAAUUGCAUUAAUUACUAUAGAAAAUGGCAAGUAACACAUUGAAUUAAAUGUGAUACUUUGAAGAGACUAAUAAAGGUAUUUUCUUGUGAAACAUACUGUUAUUUUUCAAUAACACAGGCGGGCAUAAUCAUAAUAAUAUCAGUUGGCAUCACUUUUUCAUCAUUUUUUUCCAGUUGGUGAAUGAUAAAAACAUUGACGAUCAGAAUCCACCAGACGUUGAAGAGCUUGAGCAUUUAAAGUGGCUCUGUGACAUCUUAUGAAUGUUAUGGACAUGUGGAAGCUGAUCUAGUUAUUAAGUUAUCGUUCUUGGUGUUAACAGGUCUUUUACACCAUGCCCAAACCAGACAGAAUAAGACAGGUUUCUAUAUAAUAAUUAAAGUUUAAUAUGCAGCUGUGGUCAUCGCUGCUUAGGGCAACAAAAAAACUAGUUUACAUGAAGACAGGAAUUAGUGUUUGGUUUGGACACGGUGCCACAGCGUACGCAAACACAGACCGGAUUUAUGUAUUUUGCCAUUGGUUUUUAGAUUUUGUUUUAAGCAAAUUCCCCGUGUGCAACUUAUAGUUGUGUCUCAGUGGCCAUUAAAGACCACAGCACAUGAGCUAUACGUUCUGUAUCCUAUAAACACACCGUUUUGGAGGUUCAGCCAAUCCAUUACAAGCUUCAGAUAAAGUGUGGAAAAUUGUAAAAUGAAGCUUACACCUUUUGUAUAGAAAUGAUUCUUUGUUGUUGUUAAAGAAGUAAAAAGAACCAGGAAUAUAUUUUCUGACCAAUAUAUGUUGUAUAUCAAAUUAUAACUGCGCUUCCAUUUCAGUCUUAACAUGAAUAAUUGUGAAGAUGUUGAUGUGAGAGAUGUAUAAUUACAUUUUAAUAAAAUGACACCACCUGGAGUAAUA